AUAUGUGUUCGGUCAGCCCGUCAAAGGAAUGGUGGAAUUACACUUCGGACCCAACAGGGGACCUGACUAUUGCGGGAAACCGCCCAAAACAACCCAGAUGGCUUUUGAGGCCACCUACGACGGCAGGACAGUCACCAAAACUAUCUCCAAGACAACCUCAAAAAGCGACACGUACAUUCAGCUGACAGCUCUCGACAAGAACAUACAAGUUAUGUCACGUGGGGUCGUAGUCUCCUACGGAUUGGUGCACGCAAACUUCCAGAAGUCUGUGGACUUUGAACUGCCCGUGACUCCAGCUAUGGCACCUACAGGACACCUGCUGGCGUACUACAGUCGUGGUAGUGAUGAAGUUGUGGCUGACAGUCUGGCCUUCAGCGUGGAGGGAAUCUUCGAAAAUGAGGUGUCCAUAUCGUUCAGCGUGCACAAGUCCGAGCCUAACAGAAACGUGUCGGUGACGCUGACGGCUGACGCUAACUCUACCGUCAACGUCCUAGCAGUGGACCAGAGCGUGUUACUACUUAGGGCCGGGAAUGACAUCACCGCCAAAAAAAAAGCUGGUCUGUCUUUCGUGAGUGAUGUGGACAUGAGGGAGUAUAGAUCUCUACCCCAGGUCAGCUGGGAUGACGACGGCUGCGGCGGCAGUAAUUGGGGUGGGGCAGGGGGUAGACCAAUGCCCACUAUGGCCCCGGGCCAGACCUUUUAUCCCUCCACGCCCGCGGCCCCAAUGGCGCCCGGCGGGUCAGGUGGCCUCGCCCCUUCCGGCGGACUACAGGAAGUGACCCGAGUGAGGAUGUUAUUUCCGGAGGCAUGGUUAUGGAGUUCGGCAGUGACUGGGUGGUGUCCCAGGAACAGGGCGUGGUCUAUUUCCCCGUGCUGGCCUCCGACAUUGGUGUGGCCGACGUCGAGGUCUCUGCACAGUCCAGCAACGCUGCAGACGCCGUCCGCAGACACAUCAACAUCCAGCUCUGCCAUGACAAAAACUACUGCAGCCGUUUCUACAAGUGGAGAAACGCAACGGUCAAGGCGAUGACCAAUCUAGAAGUACAGCUGGACAAGAUGACCGAACUGUUUCCUCUGGCACUGACCACUUACGCUCUCAGCGUCUCCGGGAGUCGUCGUGCUGGUGACGCGCUUAACAAGCUCAACGCACGCGCACACAUUGAGGGACACUAUCGUGGCUCUCAAAGCUUUGUCUACCUACGCUACAAAUAGCAGCCGACAGGGAUCAGUCCUCACGGUCAAGGUCACGUCUGACUCAAAGGAAGCCCUGGACUUUGACGUUAAUGACCAGAAUGCUCUGUCGCUGCAGACUAAGAUGUUCCAGACUGUGCCAAGCAAGAUUGAUUUCACAAGCAGCGGGGUCGGGAUAGCCUUAGUGGAGAUCACCAAGACGUCCCUGUGCUACAGUGUCCUCAUGUCACGUAACGCUAAGGUUGCCCGGAGUGAACGGACCUACGUCAGAACCUACAACUACUACGAGCCAGCUGACCAGUCCACUGUGUUCUACGUGCCACGUAACUUGAGGGACGCAACAAUCUGUGACGUAUGCGACAAAUGCUGCCAGUGAUAAGGAUCAAGUGACCACUACAACCCACAAGCAAUCCGUGGAUCUCUAUUACGUCAUUAUCCUAUUUCUGAACGUUGGUCAGGAUAUGAAGUGCUUUGUGGCGAAACAAACAAUUUCCAAUUUUUGACCUUUAAAAAAAAUCAUUUUAGGGUGCUAGUUGAAUCUUUACUCUUUGCUGCCCUCAAAUAUUUGGUUAAAUUUGUUUUAAAGUUUUCUUAUGCUGCUUCGAUUAAAUUGAUUUCUUUUUCUUUCUUUUUUUUGGGGG